AGAUACUCCUUUUGUUGUUAAGUGUUUGCCAGUGACACAUCCAGAGAAUGGGAGAAUUACCAGUAGUGUGUCGGACCUAGACCAGGAAUAUACUUUUGGACAAGUCGUGCGGUUUGCGUGCAACUCAGGCUUCAUGCUUGUUGGGCCUGCAGAGAUACAUUGCUCCACAAAUGGUGUCUGGAGUGGAGAAAGCCCGACGUGCAUAGAAAUUUCCUGCCAAAAGCCAGAAAUCCCAAAUGGAAGGGCUGUCUCCCUGAAGAACACUUACAAGGAAAAUGAACGAUUUCAAUAUACAUGUCACAAGGGUUAUGAAUACAGUAAUAAAGGAGAUGCCGUAUGUACUGCAUCGGGAUGGACUCCAAGUCCUUCAUGUAAAGAAUUCAUAUGUCCUUCUCCUAGUAUUCGAAAUGGUGACUAUGAACCCAAAGAUAUCACAUACAGAAGUGGAGAUGAAAUCACAUAUUAUUGUACAACUGGCUUUUAUCCUUCAAACCAAGGACAAACGGCAACAUGUACCAGAACUGUCUGGGAACCUCAGCCAAGAUGUGAGAAACGCUGUGAUUUUCCUGAAAUAAAACAUGGAAAACUACACAUAAACUAUAACUAUAGAAGAGACUUUCCAGUACCUGUAGGAAAAAAAUAUUAUGUUUCCUGUGAUCGCAAUUUUAUGAUAAAUAACAGACAGAAUGGGGGAUAUAUUCAUUGCACAGAAGAUGGAUGGUCACCAGCAGUACCAUGCCAGAGACGAUGUAUUUUCAAUUAUUUGAGAAAUGGAGAUUAUCCAUAUACAGCACAAACAUAUUGGCAAGGUGACUCUGUAAGAGUUACCUGCAAUCCUGGCUACAGUCUUCAAGAUGAGAAGACUGAAAUGACCUGUACGGAGAAUGGCUGGUUCCCUCGUCCUGAAUGCCAUCGUGUUGGGCAGGGGAAUCCUUGUGAUUUUCCAGAAAUAAAACAUGGAAGUCUAGCCCCGGAAAAUAGAAGAGAGCAGUUUCCAGUAUCUGUAGGGAGCAAAUAUUACUAUUCCUGUGAUCGCAAUUUUGUGACCGUUUCACAAAGGAAUUGGGAAUUUAUUCAUUGCACACAAGAAGGAUGGUCACCAGCAGUACCAUGCCGCAGACAAUGUAUUUUCGAUCGUUUGCAAAAUGGAGAAUCUCCAAAUCGAGUAGAAAUACGUUUACAAGGUGAAUCUAUAAGAGUUAACUGCAAUCCUGGCUACAGUCUUCAAAACGAGCAGACAGAAAUGAACUGCACAGAGGAUGGCUGGUACCCUCCUCCUGAAUGCAUUCCACUCAAAACAUGUUCAAAAUCAGAGAUAACACUUGAAAAUGGAUUUUUUUCUGAAUCUGAACAUACAUAUUCUUUAAACACGGAAACACAGUAUCAGUGUAAACCAGGAUAUGUAACACGAGAUGGUAAAACUUCAGUAACGAUUACAUGUCUGAAAAGUGGAUGGUCACCUCAACCCACAUGUAUCAAAAUAGAUUGCGAGAUUCCUGAAAUAGAAUAUAACUUAAAUACUGAGCCCAAAAACGACAGUUAUACAUUUGGAGAUGUGUUGAAAUUCUCCUGCAGAGAUGGACUUAAAAGAGUUGGACCUGAUUCGGUUCAGUGUUACGACUUUGGAUGGUCCCCUGAUCUUCCAACAUGUAAAGAACAAACACAGCGGUGUUCUCCACCUCCUCAACUCCUUAAUGGGAAAGUUAAAGAAACACAGAGAGAAAACUAUGAACACAAUGAAUUAGUGGAAUAUGUGUGUAAUCCUAGAUUUCUGCUGAAGGGUUUUAAUAAAAUUCAGUGUGUUGAUGGACGAUGGACAGACUUGCCGAUUUGUAUUGAGGUGGAGAGUACAUGUGGAGAGGUACCUAAUCUUGAUUACGGCUACACUGUUGAGACUUCUAACCCUCCCUACCACCAUGGAGAGUCAGUGGAGUUCAGUUGCAGAGAAGAAUUCACCAUGAUUGGAAACAAAUCAGUUACAUGCAAAAGUGGAGUAUGGAUCCAACUUCCUCAGUGCAUUGCAACGAAUGAACUUGAGAAGUGUAAAUAUAACUUAAGUAUACCUGAGGUAAAUCGAUUAAAUAAGACCGAAUUUGAUCAUAACGAGAACAUAAGUUACAGAUGUAAAGGAAAAUCAGAACGGAAACACUCAACGUGCAUAAAUGGAAGAUGGGAUCCUAAACUAAGCUGCACAGAAGUACAGAUGCAGUCAUGCCCACCUCCACCUCAGAUUCCCAAUGCUCAGAAUAUGGCAACGACAAUAAAUUAUCAGGAUGGAGAAAAAGUAUCUGUUGUCUGUCAAGACGAUUAUAUGAUUCAGGAUGGAGACGAACUCGUGUGCAAAGAUGGACAAUGGCAGUCCAUACCACACUGUGUUGAAAAAACCCCAUGCCCUCAACCACCUCAGAUAGAACAUGGAACCAUCAAAUCAUCUAAAUUUUCAAGAAAAAUGGACGAAACCUUGAAACCUGAGCUCUAUGCACAUGGCACCAAAUUAAAUUACGCUUGUGAGGAUGGUUUCAGGAUAUCUGGAAACGAUGAGAUAAUGUGUCACAUGGGAAAUUGGAGUUCUCCACCUCGGUGUGUAGGACUUCCUUGUGCCCCACCACAUUUGAUUCCACAUGGUAUUCCAUCUCCUAAAUCAGAAAGUUACCAAUAUGGAGAAGAAGUAACGUACCAAUGCACCGAAGGUCUUGUGAUUAAUGGACCAGCAACUAUAAAAUGUUUAGGAGGAAAAUGGUCCCAUCAACCAGAAUGCAAAAACAUGGAUUGUUUUAGCUUACCCGACUUUGGUAAUGCCACACCCAUAGGACGGCAGAAGGCAGUAUAUAGGUCAGGAGAAAAAGUGACUUACAAAUGUCCACGUCAUUACCUUUUGGAUGGACCAAACACUGUACAGUGUAUUAACAGCCAAUGGAUAGGAAAGCCAAUAUGCAAAGAUAUUUCCUGUGUGAACCCACCCAGAGUGGAAAAUGCUAUUAUACUAGAUGAGAAGCUUAAGUAUCUACCUGGUCAGCGGGCAAGUUAUAAAUGCACUGAACCUUUUUACCUGGUUGGGGUCCAAGACGUGACAUGUUCAAAUGGGAACUGGACACAACCACCUCAGUGCCUAGACCCUAAUGAAAAAUGUGAGCCCCCUCCGACUAUUGACAAUGGAGACACAACCACAUUCCCAAAAUCGGAAUAUGAUCCAGGAUCAUCGGUUGAGUACCAGUGCCAGUCCAUGUAUGUGCUUGAGGGAAACAAGGUCAUAACGUGCAGCAAAGGACAGUGGUCCACACCACCAAAGUGCUUGGAUGUAUGUAAAAUAUCAGAAGACAUCAUGAAACAACAUAACAUACAAUUAGGAUGGUCUUCUAAGAAAAGAAGAUAUUUCCCAACAAGGGAUACUGUUCAGUUUGAAUGUAUACGUGGACAUCGUGUGCAGACACCCCCACAAUCAUUGCAGGCAACCUGUUGGGACGGGAAACUGGACUAUCCUAUUUGUGUAAAACACAGUGGUUAAGAUGCAGUCCUAAAGUUAACAUACGUACAUUUAUUCAAAAUUUUUCAUGUUCAAUACAAUUCAGUUUAUUGUGUCAAGUAUUGCUUAAUUCAUGUAUAUUCAUAGCAGAAUUUGUGUUAAAUAUUAUAUGGAUGAUGUAAUUAUAAUCUGUGCGACAAAUAAAUCACUUCUAAAAAGCACCUCAUUAAAACUUGGCAAACCAAAA